GCACGAGCCCUGUACGUCUCGCUUGCCACACGGAUAGAGAGAAGCCUGGCUUCUGAAGUAAUUUUUCGGUGUAAACACGAUACCUUGAACCCCAAAUCCUAUCCGUUCAGACUCCUGCUUCGCCGUAUCAUUUUCAUUCCCCAUUGCCUUCACUCCCCUUUUCGCAUCUGCUUUUGCUCAGAUUCCCAGCUUAUCCAACGUAAUACCUGCUUGUUUUUUCCUUCGGUUACAGGUCAGACAAAGCUGAGUCAAUUGGGAGACUUCAGGGUAAUGUCUCCAUCUUUUCCUCUUCUUCCCACUCGUAUUGAAGACAAAUAUAUGAAACCCGCAGAUUCUUUUUCCUCUGCUGCACGAGACCUGACUGCAAAUCCUGCAUCAGUGCAGGCUUUUUCAUCAAAUUCCAACCUGAGAAGUGGAGGGCACAUGCUUUCGUCACCUUCUAAAUGCCUGAAUGACAUCUCUUUUUCCUCAAUUUCACAACAUGAUAGGCAGUAUCAAGGUUCUCCCUUCAUUUCUAAGACAUUGAGAAGAGAUGAUGUGAUGCCCUGGCUAGGAGCUUCCCUUACUCAGAGUGGGGAAGAUGCUUCUUUCCCACCUUCACAUUCUUCUCAUCCAGAAAUACAUUUGGCAGCGUGCAUUUCUCAACCCCCGGAAAGUGAUGAUAUUCCCUGGGGACCAGAUCCCUUUCAGGAUAUUCUUGAUCUCUCUGCAAAUGAUUCCAUCCAGAAUGAUCAGAUGGAAAGUAGUUCUUGUUAUAUGUCUGAUGACAACACCAAAAAAACUGAUUUUGGGGAGUGGGUAGAUCAGUUAAUGUCAGUUGAUGAAUCUCCUCAUCCAAACUGGAGCCAGCUUCUUGUUGAUGAUAAUGUACCAGAUUCAAAACCAAAGGAGCCCGAUGCCACCAAGCAGCAGCAUGCACCAUCUGGAGAAGUCAGUGCUCCUCCUACUUCAGCAUCGAAUGCGCUACAAAGUAAGCCUAGAAUGCGUUGGACUCCAGAACUUCAUGAAGCUUUCGUGGAAGCAGUGAAUAAGCUUGGUGGUGGCGAGAAGGCUACUCCAAAGGGUGUUUUGAAUCUAAUGAAAAUUGAGGCUCUUACUAUCUAUCAUGUGAAAAGCCACCUACAGAAGUAUAGAACAGCCAGAUUCAAACCCGAAUCAUCAGGAGGAGCUUCUGAGAACAAAUCGACAACCAAAGAAAUGAAAUCUUCAGACUUGAGAGCUAGCAUGGGGAUUACUGAAGCAUUGCGGUUGCAGAUGGAACUCCAGAAGCGGCUCCAUGAACAACUUGAGGUUCAAAGGAAGUUGCAGAUUCAAAUAGAAAACCAAGGGAAGCGUCUUCAGGUGAUGUUUGAGAAACAAAGAGAGAUGGAGGACAGCAAACACAUGACAUCAUCAUCCUCCUUGGACAGGCCCACGGUAUUAACUUCCCACACAAGUGAGGGUCAAGAAACCUUAAAUGAGGGUCAGGAAAAAUCUGGAGUCAGCAAUAUCAAUGCAAGAAUCAUGGACAAAGAAUGUUCUGAGGAUGCCUGCACAAGGCAAGAAGUGGAAGAAACUAAAGUUACUAAUGAAGAAGAGGCGGGGUAUGAUCAGUUGGGUGCACCAGCCUCCAAACGGGUGAAAAGUAGAUGACAGCAGAAUUAUCUUUGUGAUGGCAUUUAGUAUCGCUGCUGCUUCUAGGGAUAACAUGUUCAAAUUGCCCUGUUGAUUUAUUAUUUCUUAUCCGAUUUGGGUAAAACCUUGUUUGCGAGCUGUGUUACUCCUGACAUUUGUUGUAGACAAGGUUUUAUAUGUUUAGACUCUCUAGAACUUGUUAAAAGAAGUAUUAUUGGAUCUGGGGAAAUGUUUUUAUGGUGUUU